UUGUGAAAAUGUCUCACCAAACAGGAAUUGAAGCAGAUGAAGAUCUGAAGCAAUUUUUCUCAGAAUGCAAGAGCAAAAAUGUCAGAACUUUUGCAGUAAUGAUCAAAGAUGAGAAGCUCACGUGCCAUAGCUGGAAGCCAAUGGUUGGAAAAUGGGAAGAUGACUAUACUAAUCAGGUACUGCCUUUACUGGAAGAAAAGAAUCCUCGCUAUGUUUUCUUUAGACUUGGGGAUGCAAGCUCAGAGGCUCUCAGUGAUGAAUGGCUUUUGGUGCUGUGGUCUCCAGAUGACUCACCCAUACGCUUUAAGAUGCUUUAUGCAUCAACUAAAGCUACACUCAAGCGACAGUUUGGCAGUACCCAAAUCAAGGAAGAGAUAUUUGUGUCCUGCAAAGAAGAUGCAACUCUUACUUUUUAUGAGAAGCACAGAGAAGCAAGCAAGGCUCCUGCUCCCUUGACAUCUCAAGAAGAAGAAUUAAUGGAAGUGAAACGUCAGGAAGUCAAUCCUGAUAUUGGGAUCAACACCAAGCAUCAAACCAUGACAGGUUUGAGUUUCCCACUGUCCAAUCGAGCUGUUCAAGCUGUUGCUUCCUUUACCAAGGGAGAUUUGCAGUAUGUGCGUCUCUAUAUUGAUUUGACUGAUGAGAAAAUCGAGGUUGAAGCUCAGAAGAAAAGCCUUGCUGUAACAGAAUUGCCAAGUCAGGUGCCUGAAACUAAUGCUCGGUAUCACCUUUACCGCUUUGACCACACCUGGGAAGGUGAUUAUACGCACAGUGUUGUAUUUGUCUACUCUAUGCCUGGCUAUGUGUGUCCCAUCAAGGAACGAAUGGUGUACAGCAGUUGUACUAACACACUCACUGCCUAUAUGGCCUCAGAACACUCUCUUAAUAUUAGCCGCAAGAUAGAGAUUGGAGAAGGUUCUGAGCUCACAGAAGAAUUUCUCAUGGAAGAAAUACAUCCUAAACAGAAUUUACACAGGCCUAAGUUCAACAAGCCUAAGGGACCAGCACACAGAGGCAACAAGAGGUUGACAAAAGCCCCGCAGGAUGACUGAUACUCGGACAAUGGAGAAGAAGGAUGUGAAAGCCAGCACAGAAAUUUUGGACGACGUUCUAAACGCACCACUAAAUGCACUAUUUUAUGAAAAAAAUUGAUGCACUGCUUCUUGUCUUCAGAUUUACUCCAGUAAUAACAUAUUUAUUAUGAAAACUGGGAAAGCUUUUUUACACUUUAAUUUUUCAACAGCUAAUAUACAGAGAGAUUUCCAAAAAUACCUUGUCGACUUAUUAAUGUAGAUUUCUAAUAGCACUUGAUUAAAGACCUACAACAAUUUGCUGAAUGUCAAGUGGCUGAAGACAUGUUUGGGUGGAAUCACAUCAAGUAGUGAUAUUAAUUUAUGAACCUGAUAUUAAGGGCCGUUUGAUAAUUGAAUGAUCACUAAAAAUCAGCUGAAUAACGAUGCUCUGGAAGCUGAAGCAUUAAUGAAUUCAUGAUUCAAUUUGCUGUAGAUUCUUAUUGGAUUAAGAGAUAUUCAUUUUAAGGUUGAAAUUUUUAAAUAAAUGUGAUGACUGUGGACAAUAUUUGUACGGAUACUGGAUGGAGAACAUUUACUACUGCCAAUUUGUGUGUAGUGUACGGUAUUUGAAUUUUUUCAUAUAAAUGAAAUUUGUGACUGCUCCUAACUGUGCAGUAGUCGUAUAGCUUAUUAUUAUUAUAUUGUUUAUUGCGAACGCGUUUCUUUAUGAUUGAUUUGUUAUUGUUUGUAGGAUACACAGGUGUUGGUUAUUAUCUAUUUCAAUGGUAUUUGGAAUUACAGGGUGAUUGUUGAUGUGCUCCUUGCAUUGUAUAUGCUAACGCUGUCGUAUUGUUGAUAUUUUAUUUUGUAUGCCCUGGUUUGAUGGAAUUUCUUGCCGCUCUAAGAUAUAUGGGUACUUUUGUUUUAAUGAUCUUCUUUCAUAUUGAGCGCGUCUUGAGUUCUGUGAUGUAUUUUGUUGUGCUGCUUUCUACAGGACCACCUUUUUUUUGGAGGGAAUAUUUCCGCGUUUUUGGUGGUUCAUGCAAGUAUGAAACGUAUUUUUGUAGACGGUAUGAUUAAUUUUAGACUUGCAGCAUGUAUUGAUGUUUAGUGUUUGUAUGUCAUGAUCAGUCAAAAGGUGUAGCUUGCAGACUUGUGGUGAAACAUUUCUCUGUCUGUGGUGUCAUCAUAAGCGUAUGUUUAAGGCAUAUCAGUAUUAGUUCUGCUUCGUGCUUCCUCAACAUUUUUAUAUUGCUUUUGACAAUUUAUUUGGUGAUCUACCAAACUCUAUCGGGUUUAUUUUUUCUCAAAAUGGGCGAGUUUUUUUCCAUGUCAGUCUUUAAAAUACAAGUUACAACUUCUGUUGAAAUAUGUUACAAGAAUGAAUUACAAUGCAACUCCAUAUCUUCAAAACUUGCUUGCUUGUAAAUAAUUAUGCUUCUCUGUUCAUCACAAAAAAUAUUCAUGAGCUGAGAGAAAUACGACCCAUGAAUCUUCAUUGAAAAAUACUUGUUCAUUUUCUGGAUUACCUGCCCAAUUUUUGCCAUCACUACCAAUAUGAUUUAAAGCUUAACUAGGACUUUUAGGUGUAACUUUCUUAACUUUUUGCUGAAUAAUGCUGUGAGUUGGCUCACGAUACGACUAAGAUGUACGAAGUAAUCACUCGGUGUACUGUGUUUAAAUAAGCAUAUGUGAGGAUACUCGUUAAGAGCUUUGUGUGUGCUGACAUGCCCUGUCUCAUCUGACGUCUUGUGUAGCAAUCGUUGUGUGCUAGCAUUCCCCUUGAAUAUUUGGUUUACUUGUAUCAAUGUACUGACAUGUCUGCAAGUUACCUAACCCAAUCAACACGUCUAAUUCUUAGAGCGAAAUUUAUCUUAGCCUAAGCAACCGUUUUGCACAGCAUUAUUAGAGUUGCCAGUAAAUUCUUAUUUCAACGCAAGAUUUUCCAUCAUACAGAAUCAAUUGAAACAGUUGAUGAAAAUAGUAAUUGGGCAUUCAAAUGGCGUCAAUAUUUCUCUAACUCUAGUACUCUAAAUGAUACCAAAUUACCUCCUAAGUCUUUCACCAAACGCUUUUAAUGCUUCAAUGUUUAUUUUUCGUAAUUAUUGGAGAUUUAAGAAUAAAAAACCAGAACGAGCUACUUUACAAUUAAGUAAAAUUAAAAUAUGGUCCUCUCUGACGAACAAGUUUUACGUGUUGAAAUACUUCAUAUGUUCAGUCAGACUUCAAUUGUGACAUGUUCUUCUAAAUACUUUACCUUUAGUGUCGUGUUGAUAUUAUCUUGUCGUUGAAGGGAAGUUUGGCAUGAACAUAAUCCAGUAUUGUAUACAAUACUAAGGUAAGUAUUGUAUCCAAUACUGGACAUCAAGACGUGCAACUACAUCAACAAGCUGAUGUUUUUUUUGCUGAUCAAUCCAAUAGCAACGCUAGCGUUGGCUGGUGUGAUGAACUUCAGGGAAAUUUAUGUACCGAAUUUCAUUCGACGUUCAAAGCAUUGUUUUGCGCUUAGUUGUUUUAAAAGUUUAUUCUGUAUGAUAGUAUUAGGACGAGUUUGAAAUUUCAAUUACUUUUCUUAUGGUUCAAGAUGUAUUGUUGGGUGAUUUGUAAUCGUAUCAGAGUUCCCAGGUUCGCACGACUGUCAACAUAUGAAUAAUGCAGCGGCCUUUUUCCUUUUGCUGCAAUUUCACAAAAUGUUUUGACUUUUGGAAACAUUGUGAUAGUUUUUUUUAAUAUAUAACAUUUAUGGUGUUGGUUGAUUUAUUUUACUUGGCUUAAUGUUGAUGGAACCUCACAACACUAAACUGCGGAAGAACACAACUGCAGCGCAAGUUAUUAAUAGGUAUUCACUUCAAUAUUUUGUUGAUGCGAUACUGAUAUUGUCCGCAGUAAACCACAGGACUGGUCCCUCAAAAGCGCCAAGUUAGGUCGACCUUAUUAUUUUAUUGAACUUUUUGCACCGUCGUUUUGAUUUGGUUGCAGUUGAAGUAGUUGCCGUUUACGCUUCUGAUUUAGCUAUUUUAGUUUUAUUUUGCUUGUGUUACCCUAUUUUAUUGAUUGCUAUUACCUUGAAUUUUGAUCAAGUUUUCAUUACCCUCAUCGUAUAAUUUACGGUUGGCGCCACUAGCUGAGUUAAUCUCUAGCUUUUGUAAAGAAAUUCAUCUUGUUUUGGAUGUUAUUUUUGCUUUGAAUUCAGCCCCCUCAUUUUAUGUAAAAUAUGAGAAUUUUCAGUCUAAGUCACGUACCUCAAUAUUUGUGUCUCCUUAGAACACUUAUUUUGUAUUAAUAACUAAAUAGGAAGCUUGAUAAAAUCGUCGUGCACAUCAUAAAAUUUUGUGUUGCAGCACUUAUUGCACGGGUGGCGAGUUAGGCCUGAGUUGUUAUUCUCCAGUAGCAUUUACCAGCGUUUUGUUGAAACACUUCGUCUUAUUUUCUUUACCCAAUAUUUAUAGUUGAAUGCAUUCGAGUUCAUAUAAGGUUUUCCUCAA